AUGGAACAAGCGAUCAAGCAGUUCAAGCCAUUGAUUGAAACAAGUUUCCCAAUGCGGAUUGCCGCGUUGACCGAUCUGCUACAAGACCCUGAUUUUGGGGCGCUUUACUUUGCCGAAACUAUCCAAGGGUCUAACGUUCAAGUUCCACAGCUGAAGGAUGCCAUUAACAGCGGACUUAUGUUCAAGCUCAGAUUCCAAAUUUCGCACGCGAUGGCAUCAGCUGUCGCCCGAAUGUCCUGCGAUUGUCCACGAACCCCCGUCGACGGUGGGCUGGCGCGCGGUAACGUCACCCAAGGGGCGAUGGCGAUGCCACCCGGUAUCGGCCGUAAUCGCACCGGGGACGAGCUGUACGUGGGAUUCUUGGCCGGCUACGUACACUCCAAGGUCGUCCUGGGCGCGCUGCUCCUUGCGGUCGAAACAAUCAACAACGACUCGACGCUGCUGCCCGGUAAAAAGUUGCGCCUCAAAGCCGUGGACAUUGGGGCGCAAAAAUCACUGAAGGCUUUCCCGAUAAAAAAAAUGACGGAAAUGCGUGACAGUGGCAUCGUGGUGUUCAUCGGACCGGAUGAAACGUGCACUUCCGAGGCGCUGGUUGCGUCCGCCUGGAACCUACCAAUGAUAUCCUACAAAUGCGCCGACAUCGCGGUUUCGGACAAAACGGUCUACAGCAGCUUCGCUCGAACGCUUCCACCGGCGACGAAGGUGUCGAAGAGUGUGGCCGCCCUGCUGCUGGCCAACAACUGGCACUGCUUCAGCAUCGUCGCCGGCAAACAUCCGGCCUGGAGUAUGGAGAUUGCGCUUGCCAUAAAGCUACAAGCAGAAUCCAACAACCUCACGCUGAACCACUUCCGCAUCUACUCGGACUACAUCCCUUCGAAGAUCUACAAGCUGCAGGAGAUAGUGGAUGACACCUAUCAAAACACACGAGUGUACGUCUUUGUGGGAGAUCAUAUAGAAAUGGUGGAUUUCGUGCGAUGUCUGCAGAACCGGAAGCUGCUCAGUACGGGCGAUUACAUCGUCAUAUCGAUAGACGAUGAAAUCUAUGAUCCCUCCGUGCAGCGUAGCAUAUACCAAGAAUAUUCCGACUUCUACCAGAAGUACUCGAAGGACAAGUACCACAACCGGAAGCGGUACAACUAUAAGGACCAGGAGCGGCUGCACGAAGCAUUUCAGUCGGUGCUACGAAUAUCGCCAUCGUUCCCAAUGAACCCCAAGUAUCGCAACCUGUGCCACCAGUUCAAGCUGUACUCCCGCAUGGACCCCUUCAACGUGCCGCUGCCUUAUAAUCAGAAAAUAUUCGAUGCAAUACAGGUCCCCAUAUACGGCGCGUACCUGUACGAUACACUCGUCAUCUACGCACGAGCCGCGACGGAGGUUUUACGCGACGGCGGGGACAUCACGGAUGGAAGAUUGAUUAUGCGCCAUAUAUUCAACCGUUCAUAUCACUCAAUCCAGGGUUUCGACGUUUACAUUGAUCCGAAUGGGGACGCCGAGGGUAACUUUUCGGUCAUCGCGCUCCAGAAGGACGACAAGGUGAACAACUCGCUGCAGAUGUCGAUGCAAGCGGUGGCAAUGUUUGUGUACGGGGCGCGCAAUGCCACCACCAGCACCACCCUGCCGGAGUUCCGCUAUCUCAACCCGAACCGACCCAUCAUGUGGCUGAAGGGACGGCCACCGGCCGCCGAACCGAUUUGCGGCUUCUACAACGAAAAGUGUCGCCCGAAGGCGAAGGACUGGCGCUACAUAAGCGGUGCGCUCGUCGUGAUCCUGUUCAUGGCCAUCUUCACCGUCGUGCUCUUCAAACAUUAUCGCUACGAGCAGACAUUGGCGUGCCUGCUGUGGAAGGUGGACAUGAAGGAUGUGAUUCUAAUCACCUCACCCGAUGCGCUCUACAACAAUGAGGUCCGCAAAAACCUUGUAUGUCAACAAAGCAUCAUGGUAAAUAAUACAGGCGAUGCGAACAAACGUGCUUAUACAACGAUUGGGCUAUACCGUGGCAAUAUCGCCGCCAUUAAGUACCUCCACAAGCGCUCCGUCGACAUCACGCGCAACAUUCGCAAGGAGCUGAAGCAAAUGCGCGAGAUACGGCACGAGAACUUGAUCACGUUCGUCGGCGCAUCGGUCGACCACGGCACGGUAGCGAUCCUAACGUCGUACUGUGCCCGCGGCAGCCUAGUCGACGUCCUCUCGAACGAGGAUCUGAAGCUAGACCACAUGUUCGUGUCGUCGCUGGUGAGCGACAUCGUGAAGGGGUUGAUUUACCUGCACGACAGUGACGUCGGUUCGCACGGUAACCUGCGAUCGAGUAAGAUCCUGAUCGAUUCCCGCUGGGUCGCACAGAUAGCCGACUUUGGACUGCAGGAGUUCAAAUCGGGACAGGAAGAACCGAACAAGUUCGAGAAGGAACUGCGCCGAAGUCUUUGGAAAGCACCGGAAAUACUGCGGGACUCCAACUUCCCGGCCCGCGGUACUCAGAAGGCGGACGUAUACUCGUUUGGAAUCGUGCUGUAUGAAAUCAUCGGACGGAAGGGUCCAUGGGGUGACAUCAAUAUGAGUUGGCAAGAUAUUGUGGCACGCGUCAUGUCACCCGAAGAGUACGGCAUAUUCCGUCCCUCACUGAGAGGGCUCGAUGCACCGGAGUACGUGAUUCAGUUACUGCACGCCUGUUGGGAAGAGGAUCCCGAGGAUCGGCCAGACAUACGCCUGGUGCGUGUGAAGCUGAAACCAAUGCAGGCGGGUUUAAAGUCCAACAUUUUCGACAACAUGCUAGCUAUUAUGGAAAAGUACGCCUACAAUCUCGAGGGCAUUGUGCAGGAGCGGACAUUGCAGCUUUCGGAGGAGAAGAAAAAGACGGAAUCGUUGCUAUUGCGGAUGCUGCCAAAGAGUGUCGCAGAGUCCCUCAAGCGUGGUGAACGAGUGGAAGCGGAAUGUUUCGACUGCGUUACCAUUUUCUUCAGCGAUCUGGUGGGCUUCACGGAACUCUGCGCCCACAGCACCCCCUUCGAGGUGGUGGAAAUGCUGAACGAUCUGUAUACCUGCUGCGACUUCAUCAUCUCCAGCUACGACGUGUACAAGGUGGAGACGAUCGGGGACGCGUACAUGGUCGUCUCGGGGCUUCCGUUGCGAAACGGUGACCGGCAUGCCGGGGAGAUCGCUUCGAUGGCGUUGCAUCUGUUGAACUCGAUCUCGAACCUGGAGAUACGGCACCGGCCGGGUGAGUUCAUACAGAUGCGCAUCGGCAUCCACUCGGGGCAGUGUGUGGCGGGGGUGGUCGGCUUGAAGAUGCCACGGUACUGCCUGUUUGGGGAUACCGUUAACACGGCGUCCCGGAUGGAGAGCACGGGUGACGCGCUGAAGAUCCACAUUUCAUCCGUGACGUACGGCUUGUUGAAAAAGCUCGGAGGGUACAAGUGUGAGGAGCGGGGCAUUAUCAAGGUAAAGGGAAAGGGCGAGAUGCGCACGUACUGGCUGAAGGGUGAGGAUGAUCAGAAGCGGAUGGAUCGUUUCGGAUCGAACGACGCGAUCACAAAUUUGAGUAAGUCCAUACCCGAUCUCCUGUGCACACCGGACCAAUCGCAAACCAACCUCAGCCGACCGUCGCUACGACGCAUGCUGUCGGAAACGGUUCCCGGUCGUCACGUGUCGGCGCACCAGCAUAGCUCGAGCGAUCAGCAAAUACCAACGGUAAGCAUCCUCCCCCACGACGAGACACACCUGGGCUGCUACAUCUGCCACAAACGCAAGCUGCACAUUGGCAACGCACCGGCAAUGGCCGAUAGUGGCUCGCAGCGUUUGUCCAUCUUCAACGGAAGCUACGGUGUCGAUGAAGCCAUCUGCACCUGCCGGCAGCGGAACUGUCUGCUGGAGUACUACAACGACAACUUGAUGACUGUGCGCACGAUCCGGGAACCGAGGUCAGCACCGCAGAUCACGUUUAUGCAGUGAGCCAUGGUUUAGGUUCGUGCGAAUGGACACUGGUUUCAAACAGACUGAGUGUAUUACCAGGUUUUUCCUAUAACCGUUGUAAAUGUAACAUGUGCCACAGAGCAUACCGUGAUGUUAUUUACCAUUUCGAUACGUAAACAUGUCGGCUUGAUAAGGUUUCAUGAAGUAGGAUAACAGUAAGUAAAGGAAGUGAUGGAAAAACGGGAGUAAAAAAUGGCAUUUUUUAAUUUUUACAAAGGUUGCGAAUGAAGUUCCAGCAACUGUUUCAGAUGUGUAUUAUUGAUGUUUAA